UACGCUCAUUUGUCUCGCGAAGAGCUAGAGACUCGACUGGCAUCUUAUGAAGCCUCUUCUCAAUCGAUUGCCUCCUCAUCCAAGCUUCCUCUGGCCAAUGCAAGGGCAAGCAAAGUCAAGAAGACCAAGAGGGCAUUCAACUUUUCCACUUAUCCUACGAGGCAUAUAGCCCUGCUUAUAGCGUAUGAGGGAUGGACGUUCUCCGGCUUGGCCAUACAACCGCUUGUGGAAGCUACCAGUCCGACGGUCGAGGGAGAGCUAUUGAAAGCUUUAGAAAGGGCCAAAUUGAUCGAGGCGGGCAAAGGCUGGGAAGGCUGUGGGUUCUCAAGAUGUGGUCGCACGGAUAAAGGAGUCAGCGGAGCUGGUCAAGUGGUCAAUCUAUGGGUCAGGUCCAUGAAGUCGAAAGAUCAUGUCAGAGGUCCGGAAGGAUCAUGGAAGGAGCCAUCGGAGAUUUUACCGCCAAGAGUCAAGUUGGAGAAUCAAGAUGCUUCAGAGCAGGAGAACUCACCACCACAAUCAAUUCGGGAGGCCAAGGAAUCAUUUCCAGCUCCUGAAAUGUUCUACCCCAAGAUCCUUAAUGCCCAUCUCCCACCAUCUAUCCGUGUGCUUGCUUGGUCACCUGUCAAUCCAACCUUUGACUCGCGAUUCUCCUGUAAGAACAGACACUACAAGUACGCCUUUCACCUCGUGCCUUCUCCUGGAUCCAUUCCUCUCGACCUCGAAGCCAUGCGUCAAGGUGCAAAGAGAUUGAUUGGCGAACAUGAUUUCCGAAACUUUUGUAAACUGGAUGGGUCGAAACAGAUUGAAAAUCAUCGUCGACGAGUUCUCAAAGCGUGGUUCGAUGAACCUCUAGCGUCGAAAGAUGGGGACCCUUCCUCCAGUGGCAUGGUGAUGUUCAACCUUGUCGGUACGGCUUUUCUGUGGCAUCAAGUAAGACAUAUUAUGGCCGUCUUGUUCCUCAUUGGCUCGAGAUUGGAGUAUCCAAGCGUCGUCACCGAAUUGUUGGAUAUUGACAAGUACCCUCGUCGACCACUAUAUCUCAUGGCUGAUGCUCUACCAUUACGACUACAUGAAUGCGGGUAUGAGCCAGGUGAUCUAGAUUGGCGAGUUGGAAGCUAUGACGGCCUGACAUCCGAAAUGCAAGGAGAUGCGCGAGCGAUAGAGCUCGAAGCAAGAGGGAAACUUGCAGGACAGCUGGAGAACGCAAGGCAAGAAGCAGAAAUCCGGACUUGGCAGACUAGCAGUGCGCUAGGGAGGAUGACAGAGUUGUUCGGGGCCAUGAGGACGGAACUACCGCCCGCUGCUCAUCCCAUGGGUGGAGGAGACAUCAGAGCGGGAGACAAGUAUGUCUCUAUUGACAAGCUCAGUCUGGGCGAGACGGUAGAAGUGGUGAACCAGACAUGGAGGGAAGGCAGGGGCAAGGUGAGACAGCUCCAAAGGGACGCAAGAGCAGUC